AUGGUUCGCGCUGAGGACUUCUGCGUCGAGGAGAGCGGGCCCGACACGGGCAACCUCGAGGCUGCGCUGACAUCGUCGUCUAUGCAACCAGUGCACAUCGGUCUCGCCUCCCUGAUCCCGCAGCAAUCCUUCGUAGCUGCAGAGCAGCAACGCGGCGAGCUUUUGCCGAGCGAGACCGCGCGCAUCAAGCCCUGGCGGUCGUCGAGCAAGCGCACGACGCUUCCAGCAUCGCGAGGGACCACGUGCGUCAAGCUUCGGCUCUCCAAAAAGGAGUGCAACACCGCCGUCACCGAGAGAGACCAGGUCCGUCGCGCUCGGACGGCGACGCACUACCCUUGUUGGGCAUCUCAUUCUUAUCCGUAA